AUGAAUCCAAUUGCCAUGACAACUCCGCCCUUCAUGCUCCCACCAUUUCUGGAUAUUGUGAUUGCUUUAAUAUUUGGAGCAGGUGUAGUUGAUCUUGCAGUGGGUUUCUCAGGGGCAAUUGCUGGAGACGGCACCAAAAGUGGAGGGGGAUUUAACAAGAAUGGAGUCUGGGAAGAAGCAGGUGGUGGUGGCGGAGGUAAUGCAGGAGAGGAAGGGCUGGUGAGCUAUGACUUUAUAGUAGGAGGAGGUGGAGAAACUGAGGUAAGUGGUGAUGGGACUACAAUUGGCAGAGGAGGAGAGGGUGAAAGAGUUGGAGAUGGAGGUGCUAUGCCAAAGGAAGGGGAAGGUGAUACUUGUGGGGAAGGAGGAGGUGAUAAGUUUAUAGAUGGAGGGGGGCACCAGGAGGGUGGGUGUUGGUGGCAUAGACGGAAGGGGAAGGAGGGAUGGGGGAGGUAA